AUGGUGGCUGACUUGAAGAGCGAACUGUAUCACGUGACCCGCAGUCUCGUUCAAGCACGCCAGCUGGCGCGCACAAGCGACGAAACAUGCGCUGAACUGCGUCGACGCUGUCAAGGCCUAGAGAUUGAUAAGCAAGAACUGCAGCGAGCGCUGCAGGAGUCGCAGGAGCGACUGCAGGCGCGCCAGGCGCAGACGGAGGAACAGCGCCGCGACGCGGCAAAGGCAAAGCUGGCACUGCUCUCCUUGACCGCCGAGCGUGACGAGCUGUCAGCCAAGGUGCAAGAAGCCUGGGACCGCGUUGCAGAGCUGAGUGCCGCGCUGCGCCAGCGAGAGGACGAAAUGCAAAGGCUGCAGACGGACAUUACGGCUGCCCAGCACAGAAACGAACUCACUGUGCAGCAGCACUCCCAAGUGGAGCACCAGCUGCGCAUCCUGCAGGAGCAGCUUCGCAUGCAUCAGGUGGACGAGCACGCCAGCACUACAUCACGGCAGCGGCUGUCAGCGACUCUUCAAAGCGCGUUGGAGCGCCUUGCCGGACUGCUCAGCAACGUGGCCUACGACUAUCAACAAAGCCUUGCAUACGAGAGCCAAGACAGGGAGGAAGCCAUUGCGAGCGGGAUGUUCGCGUGCAUCACUCCGCACACUAAGGCAGCCCGCGACAAGAUCGCCAGUACCGAACACCAUGCCGACAGCACCCCACACGUCGUGCUCUUCCCUGCCAACUCUCAUUCAGCUAGCACACCCACUGAAUACACGCUCAUGGAGACGCAGCCGCUGCGAUGGGAUGCCUCAGCAGGUGAAAGUACGCGUGUGCGUGCUGAGAGUGUACUGCACAGCGCAGAGGCUGAGGUGUUAGGAGACCUGUGGAGAACAGAGCGACUUUCGCCGUCUCUAUCAGCACCGUCGCAAAACGGGCUGAACAAGGUGCCUGCGAACACUUGCCACGAUCCUGCUGCCAUCACACCACCACAGCGGUGUCCUCCCUCGCCAUUCAGCCCACGCCAGGGACUCGUGCAGAGCCACCCCCUAAGCACAUCACAGGAUGCAGUCGGGAGGACAGAGGCAGCGUCGCAGCUAUCCGCCAUCGCGGCUGUGGCAGACGAGGCAAGCCUGCGCACCGCCCUCACACCCCUGUUGCUCGCACUAAAGCACGUCGCCGCGAUGCUGAGCAACGUACGACACGAGCGGCGGCGCUGGGUGGCGGAGGCAACGCACUUCAAGCAGCGCUACGAGGAGAUGCAGCAUCAGCUGGAAGCAGCGCAACACGCGUUCGUGUCACAGGAAAACCAGGCGGAGGUGUCGCGCGGAUGCAUCGGCGCGCUGCAACGACGUGUGGAGCAGGCCGAGGCCGCUUUGCUGGAGUGCCGUAACGAAGACAUGCGCCGCCGUGAACGUUUGGCGCAGACGCUCAAGUGCGCGGAGGACUGGGCACUUAUUCAACACUCGGUCGAACUGCUCCAGGUUCGCGAGAGUGAGCUCAGCAAGGACCUCCAGCAACUGCAGGAGCAGCGGCAGGCGACCUCGGCCGUCAGCGUUGAGUGCGUGGAGCCAGCUGCUUGCGAGGCGCCGGCGGAGGUGCGGUACCAGCAGCUCAAUCAGCAAUACCGCACCUUAAAGGAGUGGGCGGGGACGGCGUGGUCGGCGGCAAGUCGCGAGUUACCGCAACCGCAGUCCAGUGAGUGCCACGCGCGUAUCGACACGCCCGCCGCGCCUUCGACAGUGCAGUCCUCCCUAUCAUUGCCGCCGCCACUGCCACCACAACCGCCAGCUGGGCACGAGGCGGUGUCAGCUCCCCUUGGUUCCCCUCCCACCUCCACCAACGCAGCCGUUCCAGUCGCAGAGCAGAGCCAUUCUCCCUUAACGUCGCUGUACCGCUCCUUGAUACCACCCGCAACGGUGUCUGUUUCUCAUCGGUGCAGCGAGGGGGUGAGGGACCCUGAUGUGUCGCCGACGCACACAAGCAAAGAUGUAUGUGGAGGCGACGCCGGCACUGCACUCCGCAAAGGGGCGUCUGCAUCGCCUACCGUGGCGAAUGGCAAGAGGAACACGCUCGUUCAGCUGCGUGCUGGGCAAACGUCGUCGCCACCCCCCUUCACCACCUCUGCCGAAACGGAGAGUCAUACGUACGCUCGCGCUUACGCCCAGGCACCCUUUCCAUAUGCCAACGCGCCCGCGAUCAACGGAGUCUCUGGCCCGCCACGCUCCACCACACCACCGAACACAGUGUACCCAGUUCCGCUAAACGGCCUCUCAUCCACGACGGCGCGUCCGGGCAAGGGUGGCAGCGCAUGUAAUGCUCAAAGCAUGCUGCUGGCGUCGGUCGACCGUGAUCAGGGUCACUCGUGGCCGAGUGUCUCUGCAACUCAUGUCGCCCCUUCACCGCCGCAAUCCUCAACAGGGCACUAUGCUAUCAGUAGUGCCAUCACCUCCCACGACGUUCACCGACCCUACGUGAGCGAAGACACUGACCUCGGCGCCGUUGAUGGCGCGGUAGACUAUUCGUCUAUGUUCGCUACUGAGGUGCUACAUGUGAUCGAGGCGUUGGAUCGACGCGUCUCUGGCGCUCUCGACCGAACCCCACAUGUGUAG